AUGCUUGCCUCCUCCAGCUCACAGCACGGUCCAAGCUCCAUCCCUGUGACAAUUCUCUCCUCCCAACCAUCGCUAGUCUCUCAGCCAUCCUCCAGCCUCGCCUCCCAGUCAAGCUCGGAGCUCACGACGAUCACUUCCGUUAACUCCUUGCCUCCCCGUCCGGCAGAGCCUCUCGCCAUCGCCUCUCCAUCACUCGAGAGAAAGGACAGCUUUAAUUCGCAGCUAAGCUCCCCUUCGAGCAGCAACAUCUCGGCCUUCAUCUCCUUCGCUAGCUCCUGCCAGUUCCCCGGGAUCCAGGGCGCCACCUCCAAGUGCCUCAAGGUUUUGCGCGCCCACCGCGGACAUAUCACCGCGCUGGCCGUCUCGAGCUCCCGCCGCAUCCUCUACACCGCCUCCGGCGCCAGCAGCAGCAUCCACGCCUGGAGCAUCCCCGAUCUGGGCGAGCUCUGCGUUUUCAAUGGCGGCGGCGCGGUAAAGUUCUUGCUUGUCGUCGUCGAUCCGCCGGGGCUGAUCCUGAGCUCCCACCAGGACCACAAGAUCCGGGCCUGGAAGAUGACAACAACAACGACGUCCAGUUCUUCGUCAAAGGAUGAUCGCGAUCGUCGUCCUCGAAAGUCGACCGUGAAAAAGUUUCGUGCAAAGCACGUCGCCACGGUCCCCACGGUGUGGAACAGGCUCGUCACUUUCAUCCCGGCCAGGAACUACGUCAAGAUCCGCCGCCAUCGCAAGAGCUUGUGGAUCCAGCACUCUGACGUGAUAUCCUGCCUGGCAACCAGCCCCGACGGGAGCCUCAUCUUCUCGGCGUCCUGGGACAAAACCUUCAAGGUUUGGCGAUCCUCCGACUUCAAAUGCCUGGAAUCGGUGGAAGCCCACGAAGACGCCAUCAAUUCCCUGGUAUCGUCCUCCUCCGGCUUCCUCUACACUUGCUCCGCGGACGCCAAGAUCAAAGCCUGGGAAAGAACAUCCGCCAUAGCUAUGAUGACAAGAUUCAAGCUUCUCGCUAGAUCAUCGUCAUCGCAUAAGCGAUGCCGACACGCGCUGCUCGCCACGCUCGAGGGCCACAAGUCGGGAGUGAACGCCAUGGUCCUCUCCCCGGACGAGCAGCUGCUCUACUCGGGCUCCUCGGAUCGAAAGAUCCUGGUGUGGGAGCGGGAGGAGAGCGCCAACCACAUGAGCUUGCUGGGGGCGCUGCGCGGGCACAGGCAAGCAGUGCUGUGCCUGGCGGCCAUGGGGGACUUCCUAUGCAGCGGUUCAGCUGACAAGAGCGUUAGGGUUUGGAGGAAGAGCCCUGGCGGAUCUCUACACGCCUGCAUUGCGCUGCUCGAGGGUCACUUCGGGCCUGUCAAGGCCCUGGCCGUCGCUCCUCUUCUGAAGUCUUCUUCUCCGGGAAGAGCGGACGUAGAAAAUGACCAUGGAGCUGCUGGUAGCAUUCAUGAGUUUGUGGUUUACAGCGGCAGCCUUGACUCGGAUGUACGGGUCUGGCUAAUUACCCCUGAUGAAAACUUCCCCUCGGCCCAGAUGACAAAUCCACCCCGAUUUAAAUCCAUAUGA